UCUACAUCUGAAUAUCAAGAAUUUUUUAAAUCAAUGGAUGAUAAAUAUUUUCAAUUGUCUAUUGAUCAAUUUAAUAAUUGGAAUCAAUGUAAUGUGACUAAUAUGUCUCAUGCAUUACAUCAGGAUACUAUAUGUUUAAAAAAAUUAUAUAAAAAUAAUAUAGUUUCAAAUAAACAGAAUAAAAAUAAGAUCUCAAAUUUAGAAAUAUAUAAUAAUAGAUAUAUAGAAACAGGAACAAAUUGCAAAAUUUUACAUAAUGUAGAAAAUGAUACAAAAAACAUAAAAAAAUAUAGUAAAUUAAAUAAGAAUAGAUUUUGUAAUAUGGAAAUACAAAACCAUUUUAAACAAGAAUUAAAAGAUGAACAAGCAAUUCAGGAAGAUAUAUAUAAAAUGGAUAUUGUAUAUAGUGAAGAAAAAAUUAAAGAUACAAUAAUAAAUAUACAGACAUUAAAAGAAGAUAAUUUUUUAAUGGAUAACUUUAGAGCACACAAAAAGCUUAAAACAAGCUUGCAGAAUUUUUUAAAACGUGUAGAACAGGAAACUUCGAUCGUGGCAGUGGCAAAUUCUUUGGCAAUAUCAUCUGUAGAAAAUUUUACCAAAUACGAUCCAUAUUAUUCCAACCAUUCAUAUCAACAAGAAUUAUUGCAACAUGAACCAUUAAUUUUAAAUCCACAAUUUGCAGUACAUACUAUGGCACAAUCUGAAUUAUCAAAUAUAUAUAAUACUUCAUGUGCAUGGAUGAGAUUUAACAAUUGGAAGCAUCUUACUAUGAAACAGUUAAGACAUCCACAACAAUUUCCAUUUCAAAUUUCAAGAAAUAAAAAAUGCUAUAUUUUAUCAUUUUUUCAUUCCUAUGCUAAAAGGAAUUCUAUACUACAUUAUGUAAAAACAAUGGAUAUUCAAUGUUUUGCACAAGAUAAAAACAAACAAAUGAAACAAAGUAUACAACGUAAAAAGUUAGAAGACAUAGUUGGAAAAUUAAAAGAGAUAGAAAGCAAUAACAUGAAUAAUUAAAAAAAUUAUUACUGGUCCCUAUGAAGUUUUCAAUUUUUCAAAAAAUACGUUAAUCUCUAUAAAUAAAGUAUACUUUAUUGCACUGUGCAUAUUUAUCUAAAUAAAUAAUUAUAAAUAAUAAUUAUAAAAAAAUAGAUCAUAACAGUAUAUGCAAAAAGAUUUCAAAAUUAUAUCUACAGAAAAUUUCUUAAAUAAUAUAAAUAUUAUAAUAAAAUAUUGAUAGAAUCAAAAUUGAAUCAAAAUACAUGUAAAAUAAAGUUUCUCAUUCUUUCAUUUAUCUCGCACCAGUCUCAAUAAUUAAUAAAAUAUUGAUAUUUUUAUAUGUGUACAUGUAUUUAUACAUAUUCAAAUAAUUAUACAUGUAUACAUAUUCUAUGAUUUUUUUGGCACUGGCAAAAGAUAAUAAUUUAGAGUUUUGGAUUAAUCGCGAAUAUUUUUAAUAAUGUCAUUUGUUAUGUAAUAAUUUCCUUUGUUUAAUUAAAGAAUUUUAUAUCUUGUUAACAUCAAUCAAUUCUUAAUAAUAUAGUAACUAAUAAAUAUUAACAUAUUUCAUUUUAAUUAACAUAGAAUAAUGUUUUUGCUAAUUAACAUUUUAUAGUAUGUUUUAUAAUUAACAUAUAAUAUAUGCAUUUAUGAAUUUUGCAUAAUCUGUACUGUACAACGAUUAUUAUUUCUAAAUGUACAAAAUAAUUUUUAAAGGAAUAAAUCAUAAUAAUAACUUUAAUAUUUUAUAUAGAUCAUUAAAUGUUAUUGUCCAGAAUAAUCACUAUAAAAUAUGAGAAAUUACCAAAGGGGUAAUAUAACUCUUGGUAAUUUCAUCAGCCAUAUAUAUUAACUCACAGUAAUCUUUUUUCAUUUCAAAAAAUAUUCAAUGUUUAUAAUGAGUUUAUAAUAAAAAUAUUAUUAUAUACUCAUAUUUAUGAUUAGCAGUAUUGACAGCAUCAUUUUAAAAUAUAGAAAUGAAUUCAUAUAAAUAAUAUUUUUAAUACAUAGUAUUAAUUGCAAAACAUCCAAAUUUACAAUAAUUGAUUUUUUGGUUCUAAUAAUUCUCACAUUUUAUUUUUGAUAUUAUCAAACAAAUUAAAAAUUAAGCCAAAAAAUUCUUGUGUCAUGUAGUUCAUGUAUUUCUUUUAGAUUGUCUUUAUUUGUUAUAUUCAUUAAGAAUAAGAUAAAUGUGCAUAAGCAAAUUUUAUUAUUAAAUUAUUUUGUUCCAAAUAUUCUUUAUUUUAUUUAAAUGUAAUGCAAUUGAAUAAAUUUAUUAUAAAUAA